GGAGAGGAGGAGGGGCUUUCUCUCGUCCUCUUUUCUGGUGUCGGUCCGGACGGGAGUCGCUCCCAGAGCUCGGAGGAGCAGCAUCGGAACCGCGAAGUGGGAACCGCGAACUAGGCGGGAGAAGCGCGUAACCGGGCACCGGGAGGAACCGGGACCGGGACCGGGGGCAGCCGGAGCCUCCGCCGCGGAUGGCGCGUCCCGCGCCGCCUCUCGUCCUCUGCGGCUCCGCUGCGGCUCCGUGACGCGGGGCAUGCCGGGAGUGAUGGCAGUGACGUGGCCCGUGCUGGCGCUGCUCGCGCUGCACCUGGUCUCUGUGCUGCAGACGGUGCUGGUCGGCGCCGCCCAGUGCGACUCGGUGUUCAAGGGUUUCUCGGACUGUCUGAUCCAGCUGGGAGACAACAUGGCCAACUACCCCCAAGACCUGGACGACCGGCAGAACCUGCACCAGAUCUGCAGCUACUGGGACAACUUCCACGCCUGCGCCACCACGGCGCUGGCCGACUGCCAGGAGGGCGCCACCGACCUCUGGGACAAACUCAAGAAGGAGUCGCGCAACCUGAACUUCCAGGGGAGUCUGUUUGAACUGUGCGGCAGCGGCAACGGGGCCCCCGGGGGCCCCGGGGCCGCCAGGGGCCUCGCGCUGGCGCUGCUCGCCGCGCUGCCCGCCCUACUGACUUGGCUGGCGUUUUAACGCAAAACCAGAACAAACAUAGAAGCAAAGUGGAAAAAAAAGAAGACUAACUGUUAAAAAAAAAGAGAAAAGAAAAGAGAAACUCGUCCUUUGUGAAAACACAACCUCCAGGACCCGGUCCCGAGGUCUCACCGGGCCCGGGUUCAGCGCCGGCACCUCUGCCGGAGCCCUCGUCCAAUCACAGCCCGCCUGACCCCGGAGAUGGAUCCCAUGCAUUAUUCACCACCACAUCCAGCCCAAAUGAAGACAGUGAUGACAUUUGAUGGAUUCUCGCCGGCGUACAACUGUGUGAUUAGCUAGAAUGAAAGCGCGCCAUGCAUUAUUGAUGUCCGGGAGGCUCGACCCGCCGGCGCGACCGCGGCCGCCGACACGCGCGGGGCUGCUUAACACAGCUCCCACGUAGCUCCAGGUACUGACUCAGGUCACGUUUACACUGAGCCGGGUAUUUACAACAACGGAUAUUUCCCCCUCUACGCUUUGUUUUCAUUUACACGAACCCACAUAGAUAGCUGUUAAGGUGCUAUGAGCAGCCAAACCUACAGGGGGCAGUGUAACGAGAAGAUAAAGUCAUGCUAGCCAAUCAGAAUCCUGGAAAAAAAACAUCAACAAAUGACACGAGUAACUUCCAGUUACUUCCAAGAUGAACGAGAGUCUUUCGUUUGGAGUGACAGAGAAGUGGAGAUACUUUUAAGUGUGACGUUAGAAUAUAAAACAGGUAAAAUACAAGAAAAUAUUGACGGUGGCCAAACUAAUUGUAAACAACUUUGCAAAUCUCCACUUUGGCCGGAGUUUUCAGAAAUGAUUGGUGACUUUGAGCUUCGUUUUCGUGUAAACGAACGGCCAAAACGCAUGAAAACACCACCGUUUUUGCUACGUGUAAACGGGGCCUGAGACGUCCAGUAGCCGACUGGUAAAUGUGACGGACCGGAUGCUGGAUGUUGGUGUAGCCUAAUGUAUAGAGGGAAUGCAUUGACGUCACUUUCCCACGGGACACCCUCCUUACUCGCUGAGUGGCUGCAACUAGUGGAGAAGACGGGAUAACAGACGAUUAUUAAGCUUAAAUUAGCGUCAGGUGGACUUGACAGUGACCCGUACAGUUACCAAGAACCAGUGGUCCAUGGACAUUAAUAUUUGGUACAGUUACCAAGAACCAGUGGUCCAUGGACAUUAAUAUUUGGUACAGUUACCAAGAACCAGUGGUCCAUGGACAUUAAUAUUCGGUACAGUUACCAAGAACCAGUGGUCCAUGGACAUUAAUAUUUGAUACAGUUACCAAGAACCAGUGGUCCAUGGACAUUCAUAUUUGUCCACGAAUCCAGUUUCCUGAUAUUUAUAUGUACUUAAUUUCUACGCCGGGGAAAUACACGAAGCAAAGCUUGAAGGCUUACAAAAGUCUUGACGCUUGGUCCGACUUCAAGACAGGAUUUGUUGUAGAAAUUAAAGUGAUGAGGACACUGAACUUUAUGAUUUGACCGUUUAACGUUAGCUACCCAAAAAUCCAACAUUACCUGAUACAAAAUGGGAACCACAAAUCCACGAUUCGGUGUCUGGAAUCUAGUUGUUUCUGUGAAUUGCAGCGAUCCAUUUGUCUCUCUUAAGCUUAUUUUUCGGCAGUCUGUAAAACGAUAACUCAGAUUUCUUGCUAAAUCUAUGAGUACAGUCGAUCGCACAACAGCUCUUUCCCAUUUUAGAUGUUUUUGAGUUGCUUAAACUGAAAGUUUACGCUGACACUCAGUCUUUCUGCCACUCAGUCUUUCUGACA